UAUUCUUUUGACACGCCGAAAGUCAGUGACGUGUAACAAGACCUCAGUAGGUUCAAACAGUAUUGCAAGUUUGCAGUAGUAAGUUUCAAUGCCCCUUUUCUCACAUCCAUGAAGAAGAGAAUGUUCUCCAAAUUUACAACAAUCCUACAGCAAGCUGUUGAUGCGCUUGCACCAAACCUUACACUCCAAGAAGACUUUGUGUAUCAUUGGAAAGCAGUAACAAAUUAUUUCAUAGACAACAAACAUGACAAAAAGCCCAUUGAGCAUACAAACAUCCCAUCUCACUUGGAGCAGAUGUUACAGAUCUUACAAGAGGAAGAGUCUACUUGUGAGAGUGGCAGCACUGGGCCGUGUAUGGAGUACUUGUUACAACACAAACUCCUGGAGACACUGUACACACUUGCCAGAACAGAUUUUCCCCCUGGGAUGAAGCAGACCGUCUUGGUGUUCUUUACGAAACUAUUGUCCAGAAUAAAGCAGCCCUUGCUACCCCACAUCAACGUUCACCGUGCCGUACAUAGGUUGGUGAAGAUCUGUGGUGAAGUGAAGGCUGGUCCAGCUGAGAAUGAGGAAAUUCACUUCCUGUGUACAGUCUGCUCCAAGAUAACAGCUGAUCCGUACCUCGUUAAUUUCUUUUUAGAUGUGAAGAAGAAGGAUCACUCAGUGGAAAAACAAAAGGCAUUGCCAAGUGCAAAGAGUAUGUCAAAGUCAGAAUUUAGUCUAGUCAACUCCCUGCUGGCUUUGUCACAAAGUGCGGAUGGUCGGGUGGCUGUUAAGGCAUGCGAAGGGUUGAUGCUGUGCUGUUCAAUACCUGAAGAGGCAGCUGUAGAGCGUCUGAUCAACCACACUAAUUUCUGCAAAUCGGUGACAGACAGAUUGUGUCAUCUAUACAAAAAGCUUCCUCAAACCUUAGACCCUGUUGAUUUGGAAUGUGUUCAAGCCAAGUGGGGACUGGAUAUUCACACAGACUUGGAGGACAGUCAGUCUUUUCCUGGUAAAAGAAAUGUGAUCUCCUUCCUUUCUUGGCUGGAUUACUGUGAUCAGCUGAUAACCAUGGCUUAUCCAAGUGUGGCCUCAGCCUUGACAUCUCACAUCAGGUCACACUUCCUGGAGGCUGUCAUGACACCAGCUUUACUACAAGCAUCUGAAACGGGUGCAAUUCUGGCCACUAGUUACUUUUGUCGUUGUUUGAGGACGGUAUGCUCUCCCUUACUACUAAAUGAGUUUGUCAGCUUUGUGUUAGGUGUGAUGACCACACCUGAGCCAGACAAAGAGAACGCCUGUAAGAUACGACAAGUAUUAAUUGACAGAUGUAACCAUUUAUCAGAAGAGCUAUGUAUUGCCACAUUGAAGCUCUUUGACACUCUAUUACAAAAGGAAGACAGUCACAUAAUCCAGAAUCUAGUGUUGAGAAAUCUCCUUGGCAGAGGCUACAUACAGUCUUCAGAACCUCAUAUAGUAGCAUCUGAUACAGUUGUUAAUGGAUCUGUGGAGGAGACUGAGUCACGAGAAGUCACAGAGAGAGAUGGUGUUGAGAAGACUGAACAAUCUACACCUGAAGCCACAAGCUCCACAACAGAUUCUUCCUCCACAAUGGACUCCACACCCUCAUCUACCCCCUCUAUUUCCCCCUCAGUCACCCCCUCCUCUACACCCUCCUCACCUGUCCGGACAGAAGUUCACAAGAUCAUCAACAGUUUUUUGAUGUUGGUCCCUGACGAGUUAAAGUCCUGUGCUCAGACAACUGAUGGUGAUUAUGAUGUUUACCUGAGGGACGCCAGUAGACAGUUCUCAGACAUAGCUGGUGUGUGCCAGCCAUGGGGGUGGCCCACAGAGCCAGUGACAGAGCCUAGCUAUGUGACCCAGACGUUCCAUGAGGGAACUUUCCUCUCCAUGCUAAUGGAUAAGUUCUCAAAGAUCCUUAGUCAGCCAUAUGCAGUAAACCUGCAGGUGACCUCAGUAAUGUCUCGCCUCUGCCUAGUUCCUCACCCUAACCUCCAUGAGUUUUUACUGGACCCAUUUCUGCCGGUGAAGGAAGGGGUCAGGACACCAUACCUUAUCCUCACCAAGAUAAUGUCUGAAGUAAAGAAUAAGACGUCUACGGAUAGUGGUAUCAAAGCCAAGUUAGUACAGAUAAGACAAGAAUUGAUGGGAGCUGAAACCACAGUAACCAGUUUGCGACGACAAGUGUCUUAUAAACCUAGCUCAGAAGAUUCCAGUCUGCUGGAAGGGGUGAUAGUCCUGGAGGAAUUUUGUAAAGAACUGGCUGCCAUUGCAUUUGUCAAGCACCAUGCAUCCAUUUCUGCUACAUGAAGCAGAGCCGCUGGUACAGUAUCAGAUGUAUGAAGUCACAGAAACAGUUGCCCUGUUAGUACAUGGAAACAAAAGCAGUUGGAACAGCUGUGAUUUGGGACAAAAGAUAUGUGGUUGCAGUUAAUAAUGUUAAUAUAUAUGUUUACGUAAACUAUACAUAGUUAAAGUAUAUCACCAGAUAAAGAUGCUUUUAAUGGAUCUCCAGGUGUCCCUGGGAAAGCAGCUAGAUGUGAAACCAUGUUAUCUGACUUAAGACUUGACAGUGAUGUACAGUUCUGGUACAUGGGAGCUAUAUUCCAGUCAAGGCAACCCGUUUGCAUUUGUGUGACAAAGCUAGUGACAUAGUCAACAGCUCAUUAGGAAAUAGGUCAUUAAGAAACCUGUUUUAUAUGACACUGGUUUAUGUUUCUUGCUUUACACAUGGAAGUAGCUGAGAGAAUGAAAGUAUAUCUACAUUAUUGUUGUUACACAAGGUCAGUGUAUAUUUUCAUGAGUCUUCCAACUUAUUUGGUUAUGAAAUGUACAUUGUGUGUUUAUAUUGUUAUGGUUGCAUGAUUUUUUUUGGGGGGUAAUGAUAAUCUCUGUUUUGUUGUACAUAUACAUAUAAUGGCUAUCUUAAGUCUACAUGUAUGUACAAAGCUGUAUGUUGUAUACUCCCGUAUUCCCUGACCGGUGUAAUAAACAGAAAAGACUUCCCAAUUGUCCCACCAGCUUGUAAUGAAAUUAAUGUCCCUACAAUGUUCAGACCAUCACUUUAGACUGAGCUCACAAACAUCAGAAAUGUUUCACUCCUAGUGGUCAUAAUGUAUUAUGAUUUGUUCUGGAUAUAUUUCUUUACCCUUUGUGCUGAUAUGUUCAGUGUUGUGAAGUAUUUUUCACUUUAUUACCAGACUAUGACAUUCUGCUUAUGCAGUCUGUAUUUCAGUACAUAUACAUGUAUGCCUUCAUGAUUUUUAAUAGUUGUAGAAGGUUUUGUGCUGGAGCUGUAACUUUUGACACCUGCACUAGAGUCAUCAGUUAUGUCUAUCUGUACAAGCUGUGGCUAGGUGCAUGUGCAUGCAUGUCUGUUCGAUUUUAAAACUUACAAAUGUGUUAUAUUAUAAUUCGUUAUUGAUUGUUAUUUCUCUGCUAUGUUGAUCAUUUUAUCCUGUUUAAGAAUCUCAUUGAUACCCUUUGUCAGUAAUUCUGUGAUCUCUUUCCCUUGUUGCAUGCAGAAGAGACAUGUAUUUUUGUGUUUAAGUGUUUGUCAAUUUGUUUGUUGUUAACCCUUAUUUUAUAUGAUGAUGACAGUUUCAAGUGAAUUUUAUUGAAUGUCAGCCUGCCAUAUCAGAGUGGCAUGUUCCAUUUUGCGAUUAUUACAUGUAUAAAUUGACUAUUUCUGGAGACAGUACAAAGUAGAAAACUUAAACCAAGCUUGCUAAUGAAUUUGGUAUGUGUAUGUCUACAACACAUCACAACUUCCGUUAAGUGAAACUCAUAACUUGUGGUCCCUUUACAACAUGUUUAAAUGAAAAAGUUGUGCCAUAAAAAAGUAUUCGUUUAUCAGGAGACUGCUGACAGUAGCAGAUGAUCUACCAUUACUUAAAAUGAAGCUGCCAGUUAUUGCAAGAAUCUAAAAACUUAGCUGAUUUUACUUAUGUAUGUAUUUAUGUGAACAUAUUGAAGAGUAUUUCACCCCCCCCCACCCCCCACCC